AUGUUCACACCGCUUGGGCUUUUUGGAGAAAUCCCUUGUCCACAGAGAGAGCGGUGUGGUCUUUCGAGAUGUCUCUUCUUCCAUGAAAGCGACGGAGCUCGUUCAGCCGGGGUUAUUCCCCCGGCAUCUCGUGCCUCAGAUGAUGAUGGCCGACCUUUAAAAAGAGCCAAGAUCGACCAAAGUCCUAAAAAGGUGCAGGCUUCUGGCUUGAGAUUGUCCGACGAAAAUACGCACGAGAUGGUAAGACGUCCGUCGAAUUUGGACCCUGCUGGCAGGACACAAAAUGGAUCCCCGGGCAUCUCGAAACUUCAGUCUACUACUAGAGAGGUUACACCGCCGGCGGUAAAUCGCCCUAAACCCGCGAAGACCUGGGGGUCUAUGCCUUCGAUUCCUAUCACUGCUGCGUCCAAAAUCAAUUCACCGAAGACGGAGGCAAACCCUACCAACAACACACCCUCUCAAUCUUCAGUCACACUUCCUCCUCGGAAAGCGCCAAAAGAGACUUUGAACCCACGCAUGCUCACCAAGGCGCCAACAAGCCAUGUAGGCCGCACUGCCAUUUUGAAGAAGCUGCACGGCGCAAUGGUGGCGCAAAAUGACAAGCUUCGAAAGGACAAGAAUAGCGCGAACAACUGUUUUAUCCUGAGUUCAGAUGAGCUGGUGACAAUGGCACUGGACGAGGAGGAAAAGACAGCGAAGGAGAGUCCAGGAGUGUAUGGAAACGUGAUCAAGCUUCGAAUCGUGAAAGUGACCAAGAUGAGCAUUGAGGAAUGGGUAAAAGAGGUGAUGGAUCACUUGAACACGCGAUACUAUAGCAUCAAGCCCAUCCAGAAGCCGGGUACCAAACCCAAUCCUCUUGCCACGGGCAUGACUGUCGAAGAAGAAGUCGCGGUUGUUCCCUUCCUCGUCACGCCUAUCGCCGGUCUCGAACAGUACGAGUAUGUUACGAAAGCGCCCACGGAGUCUGAGAUCGCAGUCGCCAAGGAAGGCGUCGAUAAGUCCAAUGGCUACGAGAAAUGUGACCGGUGCGGUAGUCGAUUCCAAGUCUUCCCAGGGCGCCGUGAAGACGGUGUCUUGACUACUGGUGGCACCUGUACCUACCAUCCAUCCCGCCCCAUGUACCCCCCGCGCAAGAAGACAGACCACGUCACUGGAUCUCAAGAGCCACACUUCCCCUGCUGUGGUGAGCCUAUGGGGGCCUCAAUUGGCUGCACGAAAGCCGAAAGCCACGUCUUCAAGGUAUCAGAGACAAAGCGUCUUUCAUCAGUGCUGCAAUUCGAGACGACCCCAUGGCAGCCCGAGAAAGGGCCUCUUGAGCCCGUCUGUUUUGACUGCGAAAUGGGCUAUACGUCUAUUGGCAUGGAAAUGAUACGACUCACUGCUGUCAGCUGGCCUGAAGGACGUGAUCUCCUCGACGUUCUCGUCCGACCAAUUGGCGAAAUUCUGGACUUCAACUCUCGCUUUUCGGGUGUCUAUUCAAAAGACUUUGUCAACGCAGAGCCAUACAGAGGCUCGAAUUCUGACUCAAAACCGUCUACCAAGGAUGAAAAAGAGAAAGCCAAACAACCCUUGCAAAUUGUGAAGUCACCGGCUGAAGCACGAGACUUACUAUUCAAGUUGCUUCAGCCUGAGACACCGCUCAUUGGCCAUGCAAUCAAUAACGAUCUGAAUGUUUGCAGAAUUAUUCACCCCACUAUCAUUGACACUGUCCUGUUAUACCCCCACAUCAAGGGUCUUCCCAUCCGCAACAGUCUCAAAUAUCUGACUUCAAAACAUCUGGCCCGCGAUAUCCAGACUGGUGCUGGUGGACAUGACUCGAAGGAGGACUCGAUUGCCACUGGUGAUCUGGUAAGGCUGAAGGCGCGUGAGAAGUGGAGGAAUAUGAAGAAGAAAGGCUGGAAAUUCGAGGAUGGGAAGUUGAUUCCUCCUGCCCAAGGCGUAGCUGGCUCGAAUCCCCAGCAGGCAUAG